AUGUCUCACAGCGGAUCAAACACCCCCGGGGCAACUCCCCUCGCCAUCAUCCCCAUCGAUAUUGACACAGACUCCGACUACGACUUUGAUCCUGACGAUGGUGGCAUGCAACUCGAUCCUCCAGAGCCAGCCUUGGCAGUACCCCGACUCGGAUCACGAAGGGGGUUGCAUGGGGGUAUGUCAAACGAUGUCGUUUCCCUCUACCUCCAAUACCACUCACACAAGACAGAAUACUCCAUCCCCGAUCUCGACUCCCCUCGCUCAGACCAAUCAGCACAAAUGAGCCACACAGCAACCCUCCAGCAGGAUGCCCGCGCUCACAACCGUAUCCGCGAAGAGAAGAAUGCCGCCCUGGCUGUAUUGACGAACUGGGAGCUACUCAUGACAUACGCUCUCGCCAACAAUGAAGUGAGUAUGCCCUUUCUCUUUCCUCCACCUUGCCUGGGCAUACUCAAAUACUAA